AUGGAUACUGCUCAGGACGUUGCCCGCGCAGGACGGGAGGACCCAGGUGUUCCCGUUCCCCUCACGAUAAAUGAUGAGCUUUUCGAUUUUUUUUUUGACUGGGCACCUUACUCUGACGCCAACCGGCGCUCAGACACCGAGAACGGCGGACCAUCCCCCAAGGAUCUGAACAAUGGCAUCAUGGAGAGCCCCUCUAUUCAGGCUUUGGACCAUAUGUCUCUUGAAAGCCUACAGUCGGAGUUCAUAAAGAUGAACUCUUCCUUCACUCCCGAAGAUGAACUGGAUGUCACGUCUGACAUCUCCCCCCAGACGGCCACAAGCGAGGACGUUAUUCUAGACUACUCUCCUGCUCGACAGGUCCAGGACGACUCGUAUGGGAGUCAAUUUUCUCAUGCUCCAUAUUCCGCCCUCAAGCAUCGCCGCUCCGAGAGCCCAGCUCGAAGGCCCCGACAUCUAGUUAACCCUACACGGACAGCUGAUGUCCGGAAGACUGGGGCAUGUCUCCCGUGCCGAGUCUCCAAGACUCGUUGCCAUGACAGUGGCGUCUGUCCUACAUGUCGAAAAGCGUUCCCAGAACAAUGUCACCGAGUGUGCACUCGCUCGACCCUGGUCACGCAUGUACCCGUUAUUAGCAGAGCUCCUGACGUAUGGGCGUUCGGCAGUCCCAUGGAAGAGAGAUCCCGCUUGGAACCUCGACUCUACAUCGGAAGACCCAGAGACAUAGCCAUUAUCCUCUCCUCUGAGGACAUCACCGGUCCUGCCCUCGGCGCUACGAUCCAGCCCUAUCGGUUACCGGGUAGUAGCCAGGACAACCCUGUAACUGCGGCAUUUUCUCGGGAAAGACUUCCCAGUCAUCAGGAGCUUCAGAGAUGGGUUGAAGCCCAAAUGCAGCGCGAGAGCAGUGGUUCCAGCUUCAAGCACUGCUUAAGGAACUUUCUCUACGCCUAUUCCGAAGAAGGUCACGGUCUCCCCAAGCAUGACCUGGUGAGCAAAGUUCACAGCAUGAAUUGCUUCCUCAGGAUCUCUAGGACACAUUCAUAUUUUUACCGUGACUCGAGCAACAGCUUCGUCAAGUUGCCGCUGGCCGCCCACACUGAAUUGAGGCACAUCGCCCGCAGAGCGCUCGAGCCUCUCGAGCACGAUGCUUUCAAGCAUUUGGAUGAUAUUGUUCAGCAGGGAUCGAUCAAAAUCGAGGAGAAGUUAGCUAUUUGGGCGAGCACGUGGCAGUUAUUGUUGAUAUACCGAGACAUUUUGGAAAGACUCAAGGCCGAAGUUUCUCGCAGGAAUCGGCCCAAUAACCCUGCAGCUGCUCAUGACGAAUCUUUGUAUCAGUGGAUGAUCGACAAGGUCUUCUCACAUCUGGCCACAUUUUACCACUACCACUUCCGAACAAAGAGGAGCCUGGAGAUAUCGCUAGAUUGGCUCAAUUCUUCCAAAUACCCUUCCCGAGCCUUCCACAGUCAGAAACUUCGCAAGUUUACGAAAGAUAUGCUCAGAUCCAGGGAGGAUUUAUGUACGUACCCUAUAGCCUGUUGCACUCUCCCGCGGUUGCUAAUUGGCCACCCUUCCUUUGUCAUCAUACUUUCUUGGCAUGCAACUGUUAAGAAAGUAGCGUAUUUUACACCAAUCUGCUUAACAACUGCACUACCAACUCUUUGA